CCCGGGAAAGUACCCCGGUACCCAUUGGAUAGGAGGCUAGAGGAAAAAUCCUCUGCCCCCGUCGGGGAUCGAACCCCGGUCGCAUAGUCCGUAGCCAGUCACUAUACUGACUGAGCUACGCCGGCUCAUGCAGCAUGCAAUCAUGUGAGUAUAAAUAUUCUGAUCUGUACACAACCUGUUUAUAGUGUUUCUACUGAUAUACUCAGUUUGCACCACUUUUAUAAAUAAUUGUAUUUAAAUUCAUUAACUGAAGCAAUUUGAAGACUGUCCCAAACAGAAAUCACUUGUGUGUCUGUUCUGUGUGAACUGACGAUGACAAUCCUAAUAAAAUGUAAAUGUUAUAAUAAAGUUUGAUUUCACGGCAAUUAGUCUGAAGAUGGCUGUCUUCUGGGUUGUUAGUAAACUUCUACCAGACUACACGGCACAACAGCCCAGAAGACUAGCCAUCUUUUGAUAUUAUAAACAUAAAAUUCCAGUUGACUAUAUUGGAAAUGAACCUGCAAGCCUUAAUGUAAUAAAUGUUAUAGAAGAAAGCAGACAGAGUUUAAUUUAACCGCUAGUAUUCUUCACUCUGAGAAAACAUUACUAUACUGUAAUUAUUUGAAAGGCUGAUAUAUAUGAGAGUUUUUAGCAGCGAUAUUUAGAUUUGAGGGUAAUUCAUGGUUUGCUGGCUCUAUGUGAGUAAAUCUCAUGAAAACUCACGAAAAACAAAGACAAGCGGAGGUUUCCAUACACCUUCCAUCGGUGCUUAGUACCAAGUUCCCACUUUCCGGCAUUACUGUCAAAGGAGGUAAACCCAGAGGAACGCCGUAUGAACACGUUAUCCCGAACGUGACAUGUAAUAAGCGAUUAAGGCAAGAUCGCAAGAAAAUCUUCGAGACUCGCGAGUUCACCAACGAAUCACAUACGACGUGGCCGAAGCCAACCAAUAACUUAAAAAUGCCAGAAACGCUGCCUCUAGUGGCACUCCCAGUGUUCGAGCUGUCCAGAAAUCGUUCACAUCCUACGAAUGCUUGAUCUUUGUGAACUGCUGAUUACAUCCUUGAACUUUGUGUUAUGUCUAGCUGAAAAGCAGCUGAGAUUUCUCCGACUGAAACCGUGGGUCAUUGUCGAUAAUUAAACAUCACAAUGUGUUCCCCAUUUAGGUGGGAUAUAGUCUACUUAUACUUGGCUUAAACGAUAAGAGAAGUCAGAACGUUAAGAACUUAUUUGUAGAUGAUGGAGUAUCCAGGAUUCAGAUCAAUCCGCACAAGUCUCGGCGAUAUCUGAUAUGUGACGUCAAAUAUUGUUAUCUAAGAACAUGACAACAGAUCCAGUUUGUAAUUAAUCAAUAAUUCGAACGGACGUAAAGGAAUUUAGAUCUCGACAUUAAAUAAAGAAAAAAAGCAAGACUUCAGUGUAAGUUCUAGCGUGAAGUGUGUGGAUGUGAAGUGAAGAACAAUUAUUAUCUAAAAAUCGCGACUUCAGCCUGGUGUAACCACAAGAUUGGUGAUGGGAAUGUCUGCUAAAAGAAGUACACUUAUUCUACAAAUACAUUGCCUGUGAUUUUGCAUACCUUAGUGUCUAUGUUGUUCAUUUACUGCAAAUGUAAAUCUACAUGAAUAGAUAAAAAAUGAAGCUGUGUGACAUCACACUUUGUUACAGAUAUAACGCCACGUGUUUUGUAAAUACCAAAUAGAUAGGGGAUAGAAAAAUAUACCGAGAUGAAUCCUAGCCUUCAUACACAAAUGACUGAUGUCAACGAAAUUAAAAUGCAUUUUCUUUCAUUUGCUUGUCUGUACUCCAGAAAAACAUGGACUUGGACGAAAUUCUGGAUGAAGUUGGGCAUUUUGGAAAAUUUCAAGCCGUCAACUACGCGCUUGUAGGAUUUCCAAUCUUGCUAUCUGCUGCGUUUGCACUCAGUUACGUGUUUACGGCCGGAGAUCUGGAAUACAGAAUGUCUCUGCCCUGCAGGUGCCGAAUUCCUGAGUGCGACGGUGAAGAAGAUUCCUUCUGCCCAAACUGGCUUCAGGAUGCGGUUCCUUUUGAGGGCCCUGACUCCCAGUCGCGUCCCGUUCGCUGUCUCCGGUACACACCCAGGAACAUAUCUACUCCCUUUGAUGAAGAAUGCUCGUCGGAUAUGUUCGACCGUAACAACAACGUUCGGUGUCAGGAAUGGGUGUACAACGGAGAGGAAACUACAAUUGUUAACGAGUGGAAUAUAACGUGUGAAGAGAAUGAGUGGAAACUGACGUUAGUGGGAACUGUUAACAACGUCGGCCAGUUCAUAGGCUUCCCCCUCGCUGGAUUCUUCUCCGACAGGUUGCUUCCUGAAUCAGUGAGAUGGCUUCUGGCCAUGGGGAAGAUUAAAGAAGCAAGAAACGUUAUUAUGAAAGCUGCAAAACGGAACGGAGUCGUCCUAUCAAGCGGUGCGCUCAACAAGUUCGAGAUGACGUCCCUGUCAGAAGGAAAAUCUGAGAGUCCUGAAGCUGAGAUAAAAUCUGCAAAAGAAGUCCUUAAGCAAGUUCUCCACUCCAAGAUACUGCUGCUGAGAGUAGUCAAUUGUUCCUUUUGUUGGGUUGCCAUCACAUUCGUAUUCUUCGGGCUGUCUCUCACAUCGGUGUCUGUCGGUGGCAACAAGUUCACCAACUUCAUACUGGUGGCGAUAAUUGAACUCCCAGCUUACAUUGUGUUCUACUUCACUAUGGACAGGUUCGGUAGGAAAUCUACGAUGAGCGUGUCUCUCAUACUAUCCGGCAUCAGCUGCAUCACCUUCGCCUUUGUUCCCACAGAUCUGGAAUGGGUACGGAUGCUUCUCUUCCUGAUGGGAAAAUUCUCUAUUACUAUAUCCUUCACCGUGGUGUACGUGUAUACCACCGAAAUGUUCCCCACGGAGCUUCGGAACUCGCUGCUUGGCGUGUGCGCGAUGGUCGGAAGGAUCGGUUCCAUGAUUGCACCACAGACACCGCUACUGGAGCGGUACCUGCAGUCUCUCCCUCUACUUCUGUUCGGCGGUAUGUCAAUCCUGUCUGGGCUCUUCUCUCUCAGUUUUCCCGAAACGCUUAAUUCGAAACUUCCCGACACUGUCAAAGACGCAGAAAACAUAGGUAACAAGGCUAGACGGACGAGGUAACACAAAUUCCCUGGCAGACAACAGCUUAAUAUCAACAUCUUCACUGAUGUGAGAACCUCAAUUCUCAUUAAACUUGAUAUUUGUUAGGACUAAUUUUCUUCACCACUUUAAUAAUUUCUGAGCUCAAGGAAUUCAUUACUUCUCACGGCUAAAUAAAUAACUCGUAGUCCUUGAAAGUUUAGAUUACGGGUGCCCACGAACCUGAACACACAACACUGCGUUUGCAAAAACCUGCCAUUUGUUUCACUUAAACCCAUUCAUUUCUCAUAAGGUCGAAUAACUUUGUCAGCAAUUUGCUCUUAAUUACCUUCAAUUUGUAUGAUGUCACUUAUCUUCUUUUCGAAACACUGUUACUUAACUUGCCUACAACUGAGAAUAUACUGUAUAGUCACAUUAUGCCACAUAACCUCUUGUUGCCUACUCACCUGACGCAAACCAACCACUUAAUAGUUUCUAUUCCCUAUUAGUGAACUCGCCAUUUUGACACAUAAUAACAAUGGUUGACCAUAUUAAAUAAUACUGUUAAGACAAACACUAAAAAUAUGAGGGCGUGUAAAUUACACAUACCUUUUGAAAUUUCAAAUUCCUGCAAAAAUGCCGUAAUACUUCUAUUGGCCAUUCGAAACUUCUCAAAAUCGAAGUCGUAAUGCUUACGAUCUAAUCAAAACUGCUUUCCUUUCACACGCGAAGUACUGGAGGUGAUUGGAAUCGUUACUUACUGUGUAUUGUAUAAUGAAGUACCGAAGUAUUAUUCUACAAGCAGUGAGGCAGCUUCUACUCGAUCUGUCAGAAUCUGAUCUUGCUGAGGCUGGUUUACUACCAUAUAUAAUUCAUACAGAUAUUUAGAGGUAACUGUAGAAUGCAAAAUAUUUAAUUAUGAACACAGCUAUUUCCAUUUAAAACGUUUAACUUCUAUGAAACAGCCUGGAAACUCCUGUACAUUAUGUAUGAAAGACCUGGUAAUAAGAGGUUAAAAUGACAUUCGGGUUAAUGCCACCAAAUAUGCUUGUUAGCUCUUCCACAAAAAGUGAAAAAUUGCAGUUGAAACCAAUAGAAAUAUAUAACACACACUGCAUAUAAUUUUGUGUGUGCAUGUGCUGAUAUGUCGUAUUUUAUAUUGAAAUGGAAACAAACAGUACAAAUGUAUACAUUAGGGAAUUGUAUUUUUUUAAGCACAACAGGCAGUGAUGAAAUGAUAACAUAUGAAUAAAAUAAAAAUAUAGGAACAAAAUUCAUGUAGUAGCUGUUAACCGUGCCAGAGGCACAGGUACAUAUCCAAUAUUCUCAGUGUACUAAAUAUAGUCUACAUGUCUCAUCAAAAAUACGAAUGUGUGCACUUGCUAACAGGAUGCAUCUUAUCAAUUACAACCAACUCUACAUGCAUAUAAAACAUGAUAAUAUAUUUUGAUGGUAAUAAAACAAAUAAAGUAUUUUACCAAAAUUCAUAA